AUGACACGCCGUGAACUUCUCGAGGGCUACAAAGAGUAUUUGCAGGAUGCACAUACGGACGGCACUUCCGUGGGGUCGAUCCACCUGGCUUUGAAGCCGACCCUGGGAAUUCUUGCAGGAAUUCGCGGAAACAAGGCCUACCGUGCUACUGCAGACAAAACUAUGCGGCGGAAGGAUGUUGCUGA